CUAUAAUCCAGCUGGCUUGUGGUGGCCUUAUUCGGAGUUUUGGUAAUGUCCGCCUUACGAAAUGAAAUUUUUAAGCACCUUCAUGAUUAGAAAGAAUUUUGUGAUUAAAAUGUUGGACACAAGAACACCUACAGCAGCGGAGGUGGAUGUUUUACUCCCAGAAAGUCGGAAGUUAAUGAACAGAGCUCUUACUGAGCUAACUACUUUGUUCGAGGAUGCUAAAAUGCCGGAAUCUCACGGAGUUGACCACUGUCUUACUGUUCUAAAGCAUCUGGAGUCAGCAAUUCAGUCGGGGUUAGAGUCUAACUCUACAACAACGCCUCUUUCAGAAACUAAGAAACUGAGUUUAUGUUUGGCAGCACUUUUGCAUGAGGUAUUGUAGCAUAGUAGUCGGGUGUGGGUGUGAAGAGUUAAGAUCCCAAUAAAAAUUGAAAGGGACUGUAAGCGU